AAUGGUGGACACGAAAAGGCCAUUGAGCUGGAUUGUCCUUGUGUGCUUAUUCUUCAUGUGUAUAGGUGACUGGAAUAAGCAUGCAAAAUGUUCUACUAAUUGGGGAGAAUCUUGGUGGCUGUGCAUCUAUUUCUGGAUCAUUGCUUGGGGAGAAUACUGGCUGUCAAUGUGUUUGUUGUCAAGAAAUUGAUAUUUUGGAGAAAACCCAUAAGGCGUAUUGUAUUUAUUGAUGUAUUAGGAAGUUUUUCUGCACUUGGAGUUUUGAUUGCAAUUUGACAAAUGUCUGGAUUGGUAUUCAUUUGAAGCCAAACUUUCUUGUGUUUUUGUAUGUUGUUAGCUACAGUAAAGUGGGUUGUAAGAGAGUAAUUUGUUUUUUUAUUUUUGUUAGUUUUGUGAGAAACAAAUGUGUGGUAUUGUUGAUAAGCAAGAAGAAGUAAUUUGAUACUUUCUGUAAAAGAGUUUGAUGACGAAGUUUAUGCGGAUCAAUGGCAAAACCAACUCCUUUGUAGCAAAUCAUUUAUCCGAGUCUCUACAAUGCUUGGCUAGCACAUUAAGACGUUGGAGAAGUGGCCAACCUUCAGAAUCCUGGGAGGCUCAUAAGGCAGCAAUCCAAGCACUCAUAAAGCUGCCUUCAGGCGAGCUUGUUACAGGUUCAAGUGAUACAACUUUAAAACUUUGGAGAGGAAGCAAAUGUACACAUACUUUUGUUGGGCAUACAGAUCAAAUAUAGGCUGAUGCACUUGUUCUGAGGGGGAUCAGUUGCACAUUUGAGGAAGGGCACAAAAUACGUAUUGUUGGCAGAAUUGGCAGUGGCAAGACCACUCUCAUAGAGAUGAACCUGUUUUGUCCAGUGGAGCUAGCUAGAGGGACCAUUGUAAUGUAUCUAUUGAAACCUGUAGUAUUCCAUGUAAUGUUCACGAGAUUACGUAACUUUUAAAUUUUAAGUGUUCAUUUUUUUUCUAAUUCAGAAUAAUACUACAAGGUACAUCAUAAUUUUAGGGUUUUAUUUACUGUGUUUGGGAUUCAAGAACCUUUAUAUAGCUGUGUUAUUUGUUUUUU